UAUCAUUUAUACUACAUCCAGGUGCCGGUAUUGCAAUUUCAUAAGCCACUUUGUUACAAGCUUUGCUCCCUUGGCUGCUGAUUGCUUUCUUAACGGCGAUUUUGUGUUCUAGGUUGACUUCUUUGCUGCUCACGGUGCCUCCUUCCUAGCAAACCGACCACGGCCUCCCUCAACCCCCAUUUCCUCUACCAGCAGUAGAUCAACCGUCAACUUGGAAAGACAAUCCUUCCAUUCCUUUUUUGUGUUUCUCAAGCCAUCGAGUGCUUUCGAGUUAUCUCCAGCCUCGUAUCCUUCCUCAACUCGUCAAACCACUUUUUCCUUUUCCCUCUUCACUCGUCAUUAAAGUCACGUCUUGCUAUUGCCAACAGCAACCGACCAUGUUUCGCCGCCGCUGGUCGGGCCUCCCGGCCGAUCCUGUCUUUCCUUCCGACCUGAAAGAGCUCGGCUACUUCAUCAACGACAUGGACGAAAUCCGCUCCGUCGAGUACUCAGACUACUACUUCAAGUACUUCCUGACCAAGAACACCCGCUGGAACGAGCGCCAGCGCUUCGCCUUCAACGAUGCCGUCACCAAAAUCAUCCGCACCCGCCUCACCACCACCGAGCACUUGACCACCGUCCCCCUGCCCCUCGGCACGCCGCCCUCCCAGCCGCACGUCCCGAUCAUGGUCUCGGCCAACCUCUCCGCCGCGACCCGCGUGGUCCUCCUGGUCGGCGAGCCCUGCCAGUCGCUCGGCGUGCUCGCACACCGCGUGAUCGGCGGGCGGGGCGGCAUCACGCGCGGCUCGGCGCUCGGCCUCAUCCAGGGCCUCAAGACGCAGCAGAGCUCUGCGUCCGACCGGGCGCCGCCGGGCGUGGUGCUGGCCAAUCCAGGGGAGCUGUGGUGGUGGCCCGAGGGAGGGCGCGGCCUGACGCCGAUCGAGCGGCACCAGGUGCCCAUGUCCAGCGCGGUGCACUACGGCCGGCGGCACGAUCCCAAGGUGAACGAGGUCCCCGAAAACAGGAGCGUGGCGGAGCAUGUUAGGGGGGUUUUCGAGGCUGUUGUCAUGGGGGAUAUGCUGCGCAAGGAGGCUAAGGUGGAUGUUAUUGCCGUCGGGGAUGCUGCGGACGUCGUAGAGGCGUAUCUGAAUGAUGACAAGGUCUGGGAGAAGGUCAAGGGCCGGCUGGGCUGCUUGGUGGUUAUGGGCGGAUUUUACAACUCGGACAACUUCAAGUGUGAGGGGUUCAAGGAGUUCAUGAAGGAGCGCGCUCGGGCCUACAUCAUCCAUCACACGCCCCUCGACACGCCCAUCUCCGGCGCCAGCGGCAACCCCGGCGCCGCCGCCUUCACCGCGUACGGAUGCCCUGUCUACAGCGCGGGUGACACCAAGGUCACGGAGACGAUGCUCAUCGACGCUCAGCCGGCGGUGCUCAAGUGGAUCCAGCGGGUGGCGCUCGAGGGAGACGCGUACAAGAACGAGGAGCUGGAGUUCUUCGGCGAGGAAGGCACCGGUAUUACCACCGAAGCCUUGGACUCGCCGUGGAUGGACGUUGCUGAGGAGAACGGCACGCAGCCGAAUGCGAAGGAGGGGGUUACGCUGACGGACAGUGCAGCCGAGAGGGACUCUGGCGAAGCGCAGGCCCAGGAGAAUGAGUCUGCAAAGACCGGAGACACCAAAGCCAGAGCCGAUGUAAAGGAGGUGCAGACUGACGAGGAGGCCAUGGGCGGUGGCGAGAAGGUCGAGGGUGGUGAGAGCGAGUCCAAGCCCUCUCCGACUCGCGAGGCCCAUGGCCCUGGAGAUCUGGCAGAUCUGGCUAAGAGAACGGAUGAUGUCCAGAUCACCGGUUAG